AUGAAUAACAGCAGUAGCUUCAGUGGCGGCAGAGAAGCACAGGUACCCAACGGAGUAAUAGCGCGCAGCACGCCGGCAAAAACAUCUCAGAGGAGGUGUUGCUGCAAUUCGCUUCACGUGGUCACUGCGACAUUGCUCAUCGGAUGCCUGGAACUGUGUUAUUUCGCUUACGAGGUCUUUUCAACAAUUUAUCACUUUAUGAGAACGGGUGAGCAGUAUAUCCUUUCACUAUCGGUGUCGUUAUUCUGUGUAUUGCUUGCGUUGGUCGCUGUUUUAUUGCUUUUCGCUGCGGUGAAAACGUCCACUGCCUAUCUGCUGGUGCCGCAUUUGCUGAUGCAGGCCGCAGCAGUGUGUAUCCUAUCACUUAUGUGUUUCUUUUGCAUAUUUAGUGCAACAGCCGGAACGAGUCUAGAUUUCAGGAUCGUGAGCGUCGAAGACAGCCCAGCAGGCGAUUUAGCACUAAGUAUGGUAGACGACUCGUCAAUCUACGAGCUUACUCACAUAUCGAAAACACUCACUUUAUUCUUGAUUAUAGUGUUCAUAAUUUUGCUCCUAUUCACUUCAAUAGAGGUGUGGAUGUUCAUCACCGUCCUCGGGUGCUUUUUUCAUCUACAGGAAAAAGCCAUUCUAAAGGCCCAGCCACUGACUAUGAACAACGAAAUUGACAGGAUAUUGACGAGCAAAGCUCCCAGCAGGAGUAGGGUCGGCUCCAAAAGAGAUUGUUUUUCAUCCAAAUUGAUGAAGACAAAUCCAUCCACAAGAGCCGAAACAGACUGUUAG